AUGGCAGAAGGAGUCUGCAAGACCGAAGAGGAUGAAGGACCAAGUACUGAGGAGGACUCGGAAUCUUUCCACGGUGUCGGCGUAUGUAAAUGGUUCAACGUGCGCAUGGGCUUUGGGUUCUUGUCCAUGAACAACCGAGAGGGGGUCCCGCUCGAGUCUCCGGUCGAUGUGUUCGUCCAUCAGAGUAAGCUGCACAUGGAGGGCUUCCGCAGCUUGAAGGAGGGGGAGGCGGUCGAGUUCACCUUUAAGAAGUCAGCCAAAGGCCUGGAGUCCCAGAGAGUCACUGGGCCAGAGGGCACACACUGUGUGGGCAGCGAGAAGAGACCCAAAGGCAAGAGCGUCCAGAAACGACACUCCAAAGGAGAUAGGUGCUACAACUGCGGAGGCCUGGACCACCAUGCCAAGGAGUGCAAGUUGCCGCCUCAGCCCAAGAAGUGCCAUUUCUGCCAGAGCAUUUCCCACAUGGUCGCCAACUGCCCAAUCAAAGCACAGCAGUCCUCGCCACGUUCUCAGGGAAAGCCCUCCUCCUUGAAAGGGGACGAGGAGGAACAAGGCCACUCGCCCCCGCCCCCCGUGAGCUCCGAUUGAACGAGGAGACGCAGGAAGGAAGCUUGGGGAAGCUUUACUGGAUAGAUGACCGCUAAGUUUCCUUUCAACUGUAUAAGACGCUUUUGGAACUACCUCAGGUUUUUGUAAACAAAACGAUCAUAAGGAAAGAAUGUUACUGAAGUUCAUCUCUUUUGGUGUAACACUCACAAAUACAGCUGUAUUAUUAUAGCACUCAGGAAAUAUUUGUAAAAAUGUAUGGAACCGCUAUUGAGGGGUUUAAACUUGUAAUAAGUUAUGGCACAUCACAUACUAUUUUGAUGUCUUUAUAGAAUAGAAAGUUGUUUAUUUUUCACAGAGCAGAUCAUGAGAAACCACUCACACUAGCACGCUACUAUACUAAACUCACCAGGAAGCUUAAAAUCACAGUGUCAAGUAGAUAGCUCAACACUUUUGCUGCCUUACAACUUCUUGACUUUCCUGAUUGUUUACACCCCACUAUAUCCGACAAAGACAGAGUUGUGACACUACACCUCUGCAGUGAAUGUUAGGCUCAUGGGUGGUAAUGGGCGGGUACAUACAAACCAACGGGACGGCGUAAUGGGUAAUAGCUAUAGGCAAUGUACCAAUAUUGUAGGUGACCAUCCAGAUGUCCUGGGGACAAAUGAAUGUCAAACCAAAAAGUAUGGCAUUUAUGGCCAGCUUUCGGGUUGUUGUUGUGGUUGCGUCAUUUCUGUUACAUGUCUGAUCUGCUGCUGCUACAUUACAACCAUACACUAGAACCCUACAGAUGUAGGAUCUUAAUUUGAUCACUCUUUUGUUGCUGAGAAUUUUCCCGCACCGCAGGAAAUGCAACUUGUAGUGUAUUCAAGGCUUCUAAAGUUUGUGAUUUCCACUUGAAAAUGUCAGACUUGAUUUGCCCUAAAGAAAUAUGUAUCAACCCUUAUAUAAAAUGUCCAUUAAUUAUAAUCCACAUAAUAAUUCACAUUUCCUGUUUUCUGCAGAUUUAUUUUCCUGCCAUAGCAAACUGCCUUAAAUUAAGAUCUUACAUCUCUAUAAUCAACUUGAUCAUCCUCUGCUUAGACUACAUACAACAGUAUUUGGAAUUUAAUCACUGACUCCAGUAAUCGCACCAAUACCUAUGAAAUGUAUCCAACAUAAGUAAUUUAUCAUGUUGAAAUCAGAUGCAAGAUUUUAAUGGAUUACUGAGGUUGAUUCAUAAAUCUACAUAAUCAUACUUGUCCUGUUUAUACUUGACAGUCGAAGCAGCAGCAGCAUCAGGCGGCAGCAUCAGGCGUUGUCUACUGUCUUAGAAAAAAAGGUGCUGCUUAGAACCAUAAGGGUUCUUCGAGUGAAAAAGGCUUCAUAUAGAACCCUUUCCCACCACAAAGAACCCCUUUGAGAACAAAUUUUUUCAAGAGUAAAAGCAGGAGCAACACAUUUUUAUUCAGUGUCGUCAAUUACUAGGUACCUAUUUAAGACAUUGCCUCCAAAGCCGCUUGUGAGGACUAUACAGGAACACCACAGUCGUAUUCACAAGGCACCAAACGGAAGAAAACGGACUGAAACAGGGAGGGACUACCAGAAUUUGUCCAAUAAGAAACGCUUGUUUUCGUUUGUCGCGAAUCGUUUCUGCUACGGCGUGCACUAAUGAAUAUCGACCCAGCCCUGCAUGGAGGUGCAUGUAGAACUAGCUAAGCCAAUCAGCCUUUACUCCCGUUUUACAGGAGAAGCUGAAAGACAGUCCUCUAACAUCCAAUUAAUAUAUAUUUAGAAUUAUUACGAAGCCUUUUUAAAAUAGUGCUUGUUAUUUAUUUGUAUCUAAAUUGCGCUGCAGCUUCUCCUCAUAUUCAGGUUAAGGUCACUCCGUGAUUGCCUGGUCCCAGCUCUGUUUGUGCUGUCUUGCCAACUCCUAUGGUCAUUGUUACGCCAAACAAAAACAGAUCUAGGACCAGGUUAACUGUGGUGGGUUUUCCAUCACAUACUAGACAUCAGAUAUCUUAGCCACUCGUGUCUGCCUUUAUCGUGUUCAAUGCUGUUUGAGUUUAAAGGGACGUAACACCUAAAAUCUAAGUUUGUCAGAUACCUCAAAGGGGUCUCCUGUUGAGAUAAAUCCAUGUCCCAGGCAAGUUUUGUAUCCAGCUAUGCCAUAAUCCAAAAUGGAAUUGCAGUGCUUAUCUUUUCCAUUAAUUUGGAGUUGAGGCAUAUAGCUGCAUCUACACCACCAAUGGCAUAGGAUGUGGAUUCAUCUUGACAUAAGACAACUUUUGUUGUCUAAAAAUAUCUGACAAAGUUUAUAAUGACCCUUUUAAUAAUUCAUUUGUAUGAUUUACUGCUACACACAAUUAGCGUUCCAGUGUUGUGAAUCUUCUCUUUUUAUCUAUGCCAAAACCAAUGCAAAUGCCACUCUUGCACUAAUCAUGUAGGAGAUGCAUUAUUGUAUUAUAUUCUAUUCAGUUUAAUCUUAUGAAUAUGUGUUCCAUAUUUUUAUAUUUUGAUUUACAAGAUACUUGUUGUAUGUAGGUGGUGAACGAAACGUAUAUAUAACCUCCACUCAGGCUCGUCCCUCAGGAAUCACAAAUCUGAAAACUCAGGGAAUACUUCCGAUUUAUUUUCGAAGGCUUGGA